AUGCAGGCGGACAAUAUCUUAAUUUUCGUCAAUGUCAAAGGCGAUCCCUACGAUGAAGGCAGCCGCGAACUGUUCGGGGUGUUGGAAAUCCCCAACGACUUACGCGUUAAUUAUCUUAAGUCCACUGUAAUUCCAUACAGGGGGAAAAGGAAGCACUGUAUUCUGGCCGUGCCUAAAUAUAGAGCAGUCGAUCUCGUAUCCAUGGAUGACAUCUGUGAUACUUUGAAUAAUGUUGAAACAAAUGUAACAGAAUUAGGAUUAGAAUCAUUUAGUAUUGCAAAAACGGAUAAGAUCGAUGACGGAUUGGUAGGAUACGACUGCGGCGGAUCCUCCAUGAAUACUUCAACAUUAUCACUGUUGGAUGUAGGGGAGUGCAAAAUAGCGAACACCCCGCCUCAAUCGGAGACGGUCAAUAUUUAUCUUUUACAACCCGCGGAAAUAAUUCAAGUACACGUGAUGGAGUGUAAAAUUCUGAUUAAUUGGAAUAUUCAGCAUUGCGGCAUGCACUCCCAUACAUCCUUAGUACUAUACGGUAGAAGAGAAUACUAUAUGGAUAUAGACUAUAAUAAAUGUAAACGAAUGCACGAGACCGGGUCGGUCUGGCUAUUUGAUCGAGUGCCAUUCUACGAACUAAAGAUGAACAGUACAAGUCAUCGUUUGGCAAUUUUAGCAGGUAGUCAAAGUAUGGGGGGCGAUUGCGAAAAAGGAACCUUCAGUGAUGAAUACGGUACGUGGUCGGGAGUAGUAGUAGAUGCUACUUUUGAAAUAACAUUAACCGAAUACGAAACCGCGUUAAAUACUAAAACUAACGAAGUGAUGUUGCGUUCGGGAACGAUAUAUAACGCGGAAAAACUUACUUGCGUAACCAGUGACGGUAUGUCUGCAUUUUGGAGCGAAGUACCAAAGGACUCAUGCCUUAUGAAAUAUGCGCAACUUUACCACGGGCCCGCCACAAAAUUAGUCGGUCAAAACGAAUCGCCGGAUAUUUACUCACUCACGACAGAGGACAUCACAUUUGCACUCGCGCAGCGGGGCUGGAUGGACGUAUGUGGGCAUACGGACUACAGACAGUCAGCACCACCCGAAGAGAUGUCAUACGGGAAGCUAUCCAAGCAGCUGGAAGAUCAUCAACAGGAAGAUCCGCGUAUAAAACUACAUGAGUGUCUCAGUGGGGAAACUUUAGUGCGACUACGUAACCGCGAAGUGCGCGAUAAUAGCCAAAUCGAUCCGCCUCUCGCUAAAAACUGA